ACACCACAAGCACCUGCGAUGCGACCGGUCUUCUCUCCUCUCCAUCUCUCUGUUCUAUAACACCUAUUAGUCUUGCUGAUCAUAUCCUUGUACGAUAUCCCACGGUGCGCCAUUGGCGCCCUGAUUCCAGCGCCGGAUUGACCCACCCUCCAUCCAGUCAGCCUCUGAAGCCAUGAUGCAGGACAAGCAUGUCCUGCCGGCAGUGGCGACGGCGGUGCUCGUGUCCGCCAUGGUGUUGACGUAUAUUUCCUCAAAAAGCAGGCGUCAUGGCUGUAAAGGCGAAAAGCGCCAUAUGUCGGACCUCGUGCGCUCGAACAUUCAAGACCUGACACCGUACCGAUGCGCUCGAGACGACUACAGCGAAGGCGUGCUGCUGGACGCCAAUGAGAACAGCUAUGGUCCAUCAUUGGUGGCGGGUCAGGGCACGGUGGAUCUGGAAGGGUUAGACUUGAACAGGUACCCUGACCCUCAGCAGCUGGAGGUGAAAGCCUUGCUCGCGGAGAUGAGAGGGGUGAGGCCGGAGCAGAUCUUUGUCGGGGUUGGGAGCGACGAGGCUAUCGACCUUCUCGUCCGCAUCUUCUGUACUCCUGGAGAGGACUCCAUCAUCGUGACACCCCCGAGCUACGGCAUGUACAAGGUUUGCGCCAAGGUCAACGAUGUUCAAACGCAAGAGGUGCCGUUGACACCGGACUACGACGUGGUAGUUUCUGAGGUUCUCCGAGCGGCCACCCCUUCAUCCAAGAUCCUCUUCCUGUGCUCCCCAGGCAACCCCACCGGCAAGAGCAUACCCGCGUCCGUCGUUAGAGACAUUGUCAGGGGUGGCUUCGACGGCGUCGUUGUCGUCGACGAGGCGUACGUGGACUUUUCCGGCAAAGACAGCGCGUGCUCGCUGAUCGACGAGCUGGACACUGUGGUGGUCUUGCAAACGCUGUCGAAGGCCUUCGGGCUGGCGGCCAUACGAAUGGGCUUUGCUUACGCGAAUGAACACAUCAUCCAGUACAUGAACAACGUCAAGGCUCCGUACAACGUCAACCGCCUCACCCAAGAGGUCGCCGUUCGAGCCCUCAAGGACCGCAGCCUUUACGAGGACCGGGUCACCACCAUCCUCGACGAGCGAAUACGGCUGCAGGAAGCACUGCGGCGCUACAGCUUUGUGAAAGAGGUCAAGGAGUCGGAUGCCAACUUUUUCCUCGUCCAGGUGGACCACGCGCAGGAGAUCUACAAGCGCAUGGCCAACAACGGAGUCGUGGUGCGAUUCCGCGGCAACGAGCUUCACUGCAAGGAUUGUCUGCGGGUGACUGUCGGGACUGCGGAGGAAAACAACCGCCUCUUGGAACUCCUCGAGAAAACCGUCGCAACGAUCUCGGCUCCGUAGUCACCUACAUUCAGGGUUGUUGGAUAUCAAUCUAGAUCAAGGGUUCGUUGGUGGACAAAAGUGCUGACUUUCGCUCAUAAACAAUUAGUACAUGCACAGCCGCCGCUGUGACAUGUUGCGAAAUGACGUCAUUUUGGACCGGCUUGGCUCCCAACGGUGAUAAUCUAACAGCUGCAGGUGGUGUGAGGGUGCAGGCAUGCGGCAAGACUUGCCGAGGUUUGUUUUCUUCGAAGCGAAUCAAGACUGAGUCGGUCAUCCUCACUUUACGCGCUGAUGUGUGGUACAGGACGUUUAUUGGUUAGCUCACUGAGCCCAUGCCCUUGUUUUGCACGUUCUUGCUUGAAGCAGGCGUCUGUAUCCCUGUAAGGUAAACGGGGUUCUUGUUCUGUUUGCUACCACGAUUGGUCCAUGAAAAGCACACGGCUUUCUGGGUGGAUAUCGUGAACACCAGCAGUAACAUCGGGCACCCCUUCAGUUCAAACGUGAAUGUGUUCGGGAAGUGUCUUGUACGACAAGGAGAUAGAUUGGUACGUGUCUGAGCUGGGAAAUGGAGAAGGAAAGUACAGGGAGGUGUUUGAGGCAAGGAAUAGCCAGGAACGGUAGGUGGAUACAAUAUUUGGGGCAUUGGAAGCUAGUUGAAUGAGCGGCAGCUGUGAUAUCGAUAGGGUAUGCCUAGAUAGGCUAGGGACGUUGCUGGGCCACCUUCGGCAAAGUAGGAAGGAUUGAUUGGCUGUUUGAUCGGUGUUGUGGGAAUAUGCUCGGCCCUCUGGAGGACGCGCAGCCAGUGCACGAAGGCAUGCAAAACAUGAG